CUCCCACCCUGCUUCUGCCUCUCGCCAGUCAGGAGCGGCCAACUUUUAGCCAGCGACGAGCCCACGCUGCGUGUCUGGCUGGACCUCUUCCACCUCGGGGACUUAGAGAUGUUGCUUGCGCUGCUCGCCUUUCGUGCACCGACUGUCAAGGCUCAAAUGAACAUUUUGAAUUUCUUUCUUUUAUUCUCGUGCUGAUAUAGCGGUGAGCGAGCGCGCACAGGUACACUGCUGCUUCUGAACAAGGACCGUUCAGAAUCAGCACCGGGAUUUAAAUAUUUUUGAGCUCAACUUGGACGCAAAAGUGAUCGAUAUUGGAUUUUUUUUCUUUUUCUUUAAUUACUGUCCAGAAUGCCUCUGAAGUUUGGUCUUUAAUUUAGACGCUUUGACAGCCAGAUUGUUUUUCUUUCUUCUUUUUUGGGGGGGUUAAAUCACUGAUUGUGUGCUACUGGAAGUGGAUCGGCCAUGCAGCUGCACAGUCUGUGGACAGUGCACAUCAUUGUGGCGCUGUGCAGCUUUGCCCUGGGGAACCCAAUGAGCAACGACCCAAUGGCUGCGCCCCGUGUCUUCGUCUCCUUCAAAGAGCUGAGAUCGACUGGUACGGCUCAUCAUUUUGCCUACCUCCUCAACACAUCUGAUUACCGGAUCUUGCGGAUGGAUGAGGACUAUGACCGCAUGUACAUUGGUAGCAAGGAUCACAUCCUCUCUCUGGAUCUCCAUGACAUCAACAAAGAUCCUCAUAUUAUCCACUGGCCAGUGUCCGAACGAAGAAAGAUGGAAUGCCUCGUAAGUGGGAAAGACGCCAAUGAAGAGUGUGCCAACUUCAUCCGUCUAAUUGAGCCAUGGAAUAGGACACAGCUGUAUGUCUGUGGAACAGGCGCUUACAAUCCCGUCUGUACUUUUGUCAACCGCGGACGAAAAUCUCAGACAUCCAUGUAUCUACAGAUGGCGCAGGCCAGAGGAAGGGCCAAUCGUGCCGCUGAACCCAGCGCGGUGCACGAGACACUCGGACUAAAGGAAGACAUUUUCCAUUUGGAGCCUGGCAAAGUCGAGUCCGGGAAAGGAAAGUGCUCCUACGACCCUAAACUCAACAGUGUUUCAGCUUUAAUCAACGGUGAACUCUACGCAGGAGUCUACGUUGACUUCAUGGGAACCGACUCGGCCAUUUUCCGGACGUUGGGAACAAAGAUUGCCAUGCGAACCGAUCAGUACAACUCCAGAUGGUUGAAUGAUCCCACUUUCGUCCAUGUGCACCUCAUCCCCGACAGUGCGGAGAGAAAUGACGACAAGCUGUAUUUCUUCUUCCGGGAGACAUCCUCCGAGAUGGGCCAGAGUCCCGUGACCCAAUCCCGCAUCGGACGCAUCUGCCUGAAUGAUGAUGGCGGUCACUGCUGUCUAGUCAACAAGUGGAGCACCUUCCUCAAGGCCAGGCUCAUCUGCUCCGUACCAGGGGCAGAUGGGAUGGAGACGCACUUUGAUGAACUCCGUGACGUUUACAUACAGCCAACACAGGACACCAAAAAUCCCGUUAUAUAUGGAGUCUUCUCUGUCUCUGGUUCUGUUUUCAAAGGCUCGGCCGUUUGUGUCUACUCUAUGGCUGACAUCCGCAUGGUCUUCAAUGGACCUUUUGCCCACAAGGAAGGUCCUAAUUACCAGUGGGUGGCCUACACGGGGAAGAUCCCGUACCCUCGCCCAGGCACAUGCCCCGGAGGUACAUUCACCCCCAACAUGAAAUCCACCAAGGACUAUCCGGAUGAAGUGAUCAACUUCAUGAGGAAUCACCCAGCCAUGUACAAUUCAGUGUACCCAGUGCACAAGCGCCCCCUAGUGGUGCGAACCAACGUGGACUAUGAGUUCACCACCAUUGCAGUGGACCAGGUGACCGCUGCGGAUGGCAACUAUGAAGUGCUUUUCUUGGGAACUGACAAGGGAACAGUUCAGAAAGUUAUCGUUCUUCCCAGAGAUGACCUGCAGACUGAGGAGCUAGUACUGGAGGAAGUUGAGGUGUUCAGGGUUGCAACCCCAAUUACAACAAUGAAGGUGUCCUCUAAAAGGCAACAGCUGUACGUGUCAUCUGCGGUCGGGCUGACCCAGCUGGCGCUUCACCGCUGUGAUGUUUAUGGCGAAGCGUGUGCCGACUGCUGUUUAGCCAGAGACCCGUACUGCGCUUGGGAUGGCAAGUCGUGCUCCCGUUAUUCCGCUUCCCAGAAAAGGUCUGACCCCUUUAGACGCAGCCGAAGACAGGACGUCAAAUACGGAAACCCUAUCCGCCAGUGUCGAGGCUUCAACUCCAACGCUAAUAAGAAUACUCUUGAGAUGGUACAGUACGGGGUGGAGGGAAGCAGUACGUUCCUGGAGUGUCAGGCCCGCUCCCCGCAUGUUGUCAUCAAAUGGCAUCUACAGCGAGAUAACAGCGACCGCAGGAAGGAGAUGCGUUCUGACGGUCGGAUCUUAAAAACAGAGCAAGGUUUGCUCCUGAGGUCUCUGCAGCCUUCCGACUCUGGAAUGUAUCAGUGCACUGCCACGGAGAAGAACUUCAAGCACACUCUCGUCAAGCUGCAGUUGGUGGUGCUGUCAGGCCGUGCCGUCAAUAACGCCCUGGUAGAAGGCGGCGUAGGCUUGCUGCCAUCUUCUCUCCACUCCAGCACCCAGUGGACUCCCAGCACAGUCCAAUACAAGGACCUGCUGACCAUUCUAAGCCAGCCCGAGAUGAGCCUCAUCAAUCAAUAUUGCCAGGACUACUGGCAGUUUGGAGACCCCGUGCCGGGUGCCCUUAAGGUCAAAGACCUCAAAGAGUUCAAGGAGCACAAGAAGCCUCGCAAUCGCCGGCAUCAUGGGGACGUGGCGGAGGAAGAAGAGGAGGAGGACGUAGAGACAUGAGGAGGCCAUUUAUGUCCCAAACACCUUCCUCGACCACCUUCCCCACCCUCAAAACUGGGAGGGACUCAUUGAGUGAAGCAACAAGAUGAAAAAUAUAUACACAAACCAGAAAAAGAGGCUUAGACACCCCCCCCAACAUCCAUCGUUUCAAAGCGUAUGCUACUUCAGUAUUUAUUGUAGGUUGUAUAUAGUAGGCCUGUCAUUCUGUGGAUUUAUUUGUACUUAAAAGAAAACAGGCUCUUGUGUAUAGGUAACUUUGGGGCAAAUCUUGUUGUUGUUCAAUUUAUUGUCGCUGUUACUGUCAUUACAACGCUCGUCUGUCACAUGACAUUGGAGACACUUUGUGCUAUGGAGUGUGUGAGCUGCAGGGAGCCCAGCUAUGAAGCUCUUCAUGUGACAGGGGAAAAAAAGGAAUUGCUCAUAAGAGGUGACGGGAUCGCUGUUGUUUCUUGGCGCGGUAUUGCAGAAACGCCUGGCGCACAACCCCGACAUGGAUGCAUGUGGACUGACACUUAGGGGACCAUGGACAUGAAGAAUAGGAACAGUUCCUCACUCUGUAAUAUUCACACUGUUUUAACCAGAAGAUAAGAAAAAAAAAUGUCUUCUUUUUAUCAAAUGUAUUCUGCUGCGAGUUACCCUUACGUGAACGUUACAGUGGACAAAAAUAGAUGAUGCAAUGGUGGGGCUUUAUCAAAUGCAAAUUUCCUAUAUAUUGAGACUGCGGUGCAAUAAAAAGUCAAGGUUUUGUAUAAAGGGCAUUCUUUUAGUUUUAAGGGCCAAAUGCAACAAGCACACUUGUAGACAUCUGUGAAUAAUGUAAAAAAAAAAAAAAAAAAAAAAGGUUUAGGUUGGCAAUAGGUUCAUAGAACUUUUGUUCUUCUGACAUCUGUGUUAGGAAAGGAGAUUUCCAUUUACUGUAUACACAACUGAGCAUUGUAACAAUGUUGUGACACUAACCAAAUAUUGGGAAGCUGGCUUUCUUUGUGUGCAUGAAAAUGUAUUUGUACUGCGUUUCUAAUAAGGUGUAUGUGUGGUCUGUUUUGUUUUCCUGUUCCUACCUUAAGGGAUCAAUAAUAGGCUUUGUGAAUAAUUGCUAGCACAACAAGGGUAAAUCUGAAUGUGCUGCAGCUCCAAACAAACUGAAAUAAUCAUUUGUAACUGGACAUUCAACAUUUUUUGGUAUGUUUUAAAAUGACUUUACUGUAUAGUACCAUUUAUUUGUACUCUCCAUGUAAAUGACUGAGUUAAUAUACAGUAAAUGGUUGUGACAGUCCUGAAGUAAUUAAAAACAAAUGUUUACAAACUAAAGAAAGAUUUAUUUAAUUUAGACAAAUUAGGCCUUUAACACUCUUGUCACUUGUAGCUCAAGAAAAAUACUCAAGCAAAAAUGCAAAAAAAGUUUGUCUUUAGGUUCUGCAUUAUUUUUGCUAUAUCAGAUUUAGAAAAACUAAGCUAAACAAAAUGAGGGGACGUUACGUACUGACCUAAAUGUGCAAAUUACUUGUACCAUCCCACUCCAUUGUUGUUGCCAACUAAUAAAUUAAAGCUCUAUAUUUUAUAAGAAUGGAAUGCUUUCCCCACUCAUUGUGAUGAACUUGAUCCUGGAUGUUUUCUAUGUUCUGCCCUGAAUAAAGUUGUAUCUGUUCAAGUGUUAA